CGCACAGAGAGCAGCACGGCGGUUUCAUAAGCAGCGGCGUCUUCCUCUCUGUGCGCACAAUGAAUAUUUUCUUCAACUUGAGGGGGAAUAUAGUGAGACAAGCAGCAGAAGAAAGAAAUGUUACAGAAGGAAUCAUGAGUCCUCCACAUCGAUCAUCAAGUUCCCAUGGAGACAGGUCCUCCUCUGAGACCCUGCAGAGAAACAACAGCAGCAACUCCGGUGUUAUUCUGGAUAUCUCGUCUCUUAAGAUAGCAGAUGUGGAUUCAGAGGUGCCUCCUCUUCCACCUCGCUACCGCUUCAGAGAUCUCCUACUGGGGGACCAGACAUUUCAGAAUGAUGACAGGGUGCAGGUAGAGUUCUAUGUCAAUGAAAACACAUUCAAGGAGAGGCUGAAGCUUUUCUUCAUCAAAAACCAAAGGUCAAGCCUAAGAAUUCGAUUGUUCAACUUUGCAUUGAAGAUUCUCACCUGUGUCCUCUACAUUGUGAGAGUCAGCCUGGAUAACCCCACGGAAUACAACAGUGAUCAAUUUCCAUGUCGAAAUGACAGUUCCCUAAAUGCUACAGAGACUACAGAAAUCAAAUGGUGCCUAAUUUUCUGGGUGAGCAGACGGGAAGCUGUGUGGGCUAUACAGGUGACAGUGGCCUUAAUCGGUUUCUUGGAGACUAUGCUUAUCACAUAUCUCAGCUACAAGGGGAACAUUUGGGAGCAGAUCUUCCAGAUAUCCUUCAUAUUGGAGAUGAUUAAUACAGUACCAUUUAUUAUCACAAUCUUCUGGGCUCGAAUAAGAGACAUAUUUGUUCCUGUAUUUCUUAAUUGCUGGCUUGCCAAAGCUGCGCUGGAAAAUAUGAUUAAUGACUUCCAUCGUGCCAUUCAGAGGACGCACUCCGCAAUGUUCAACCAGGUGGUCAUUCUCAUCUGCACCUUACUGUGUCUGGUGUUCACAGGAGCUUGUGGAAUUCAGCACCUUGAGAGAGCUGGAAAGCACUUAUCCCUGUUUGACUCCUUUUAUUUCUGCAUCGUCACCUUCUCCACUGUGGGCUAUGGGGAUGUCACUCCCCAGAUCUGGCCAUCACAGCUAUUGGUGGUAAUUCUCAUCUGCGUUGCACUGGUAGUCCUUCCACUCCAGUUUGAAGAACUAGCAUACCUGUGGAUGGAGAGCCAGAAGCUGGGGGGGAACUACAGCCGUCACCGGGCACAGACUGAGAAACAUGUUGUGUUAUGUGUCAGCUCACUCAAGAUCGACCUGCUGAUGGAUUUUCUCAAUGAAUUCUACGCUCAUCCUCGGCUGCAGGACUAUUACGUGGUGAUCCUUUGCCCUACAGAAAUAGACAUUCAGGUUCGACGCAUCCUGCAGAUUCCUCUGUGGUCUCAGCGUGUCAUCUACCUGCAAGGAUCUGCGCUCAAAGACCAGGAUCUGAUGAGGGCCAAGAUGGAUGAUGCUGAGGCGUGCUUCAUCCUGAGCAGCCGCAAUGAAGCCGACCGAACAGCUGCUGAUCACCAGACUAUUUUGAGGGCUUGGGCUGCAAAAGACUUUGCUCCCAACUGUCCUCUAUACGUACAGAUACUGAAACCGGAAAAUAAGUUUCAUGUCAAAUUUGCCGAUCACGUUGUAUGUGAAGAAGAGUUCAAGUACGCCAUGUUGGCACUCAACUGCGUGUGUCCAGCCACGUCCACCUUAGUGACUCUGUUGGUUCACACCUCCAGAGGACAGGAGGGGCAGACAUCGCCAGAGCAGUGGCAGAGGACUUACGGACGCUGCUCUGGGAACGAGGUCUACCACAUCCGUCUAGGUGACAGCAAGUUCUUUGGAGAGUAUGAUGGAAAGAGCUUCACUUAUGCCUCCUUUCAUGCCCACAAGAAGUAUGGAGUGUGUUUGAUCGGAGUGAAGAGGGAAGACAACAAAAGCAUCCUCCUGAAUCCUGGACCACGUCACAUCAUGGCUGCUACAGACACCUGUUACUAUAUCAACAUCACCAAGGAGGAAAACUCUGCCUUCAUCUUCAAACAGGAGGAGAAUCAUGCCAAGGGUCUGACUGUCUCUGGCCUCUAUGACGCCCCCUCCAGGCUUCCCGUUCACAGCAUCAUAGCCAGCAUGGUUGAUCAGGCAACCUCAUAUGGGACUGUAGCGAUAGAUCUCCAGCACCCCGAUCCUCCUGGGGAAAGUGGAAAACUGACUCUACCUACUGAGAACGGGGCUGGAAGUCGAAGGCCAAGCAUUGCACCCGUCCUGGAAAUUGCUGACUCCUCCGCAAUUUUGCCCUGCGACCUCCUUAGCGACCAGUCGGAGGAUGAAACCAACCAAUCAGAUGAGGAGGGUUCUGUAGGGUCAGAGUUUGUGAAGGGUUACCCUCCAAACUCUCCCUACAUCGGCAGCUCUCCGACUCUGUGCCACCUCCUUCCACAGAAAGCUCCACCCUGCUGCCUUUGCCUCAAUAAGGGCUGCAAACAUAAUAGCUUUGAGGAUGCUAAGUCUUAUGGCUUCAAGAAUAAGCUGAUUAUAGUGUCUGCAGAGAUGGCAGGAAAUGGGCUCUACAACUUCAUAGUUCCCCUGCGAGCUUAUUAUCGGCCCAGAAAAGAGCUCAACCCAAUAGUUCUGCUCCUGGACAAUGAACCUGAUAACCACUUUUUAGAGGCUAUCUGCUGCUUUCCAAUGGUUUACUUCAUGGUUGGAACUAUUGAUAAUUUGGACAACCUGCUCCAGUGCGGUAUAAUCUAUGCUGAUAACCUGGUUGUUGUGGACAAGGAAAGCACCAUGAGUGCUGAGGAAGACUACAUGGCAGACGCCAAGACUAUUGUCAACGUCCAGACAAUGUUCAGAUUGUUCCCCAGUCUAAGCAUCAUCACAGAGCUCACACACCCAUCUAACAUGCGGUUCAUGCAGUUCAGAGCAAAGGACUGCUACUCGCUCGCUCUGUCUAAACUGGAGAAGAUUGAGAGAGAUAAGGGCUCCAACCUGGCCUUCAUGUUCCGGCUGCCAUUCGCUGCCGGCCGGGUGUUCAGUAUCAGCAUGCUCGACACGCUGCUAUACCAGUCAUUUGUUAAGGACUACAUGAUCGCUAUUAUAAGACUUCUCCUUGGCCUGGACACCACACCCGGCUCUGGUUACCUGUGUGUUAUGAAGAUCACAGAGGAGGACUUGUGGAUCAGAACUUAUGGGCGGCUUUUCCAGAAAUUUUGUUCUUCCAGUGCAGAGAUUCCCAUCGGCAUCUAUCGCACUGAGUCCCACAUGUUCUCAACGUCGGAGAGGAAGGACAGUAAUGCACAGUCUCAGGUGUCCAUCAACGCAGAGCAUGGAGAGGAGCACCGGGACCGAGGAGAGUCCUGGAAAGAGAAGACAGCUCACAGAAACUCCACCACCAGUGACCAAUCAGAGCAUCCGCUGCUGAGGAAAAAGAGCAUGCAGUGGGCUCGACGGCUGAGCAGGAAGAGCACCAAACCGCCGAGCAGAGCAGAGCGCAUUUCGCAGCAGAGACUCAAUCUGUAUCGGCGCUCUGAGAGGCAGGAGCUGUCCGAGCUGGUCAAAAACCGCAUGAAGCAUCUAGGGCUUCCAGUUGUGGGAUACGAGGAUGUUUCUAAUCUCACUGCGAGCGAUGUCAUGAAUCGAGUAAAUCUAGGAUAUUUGCAAGAGUUGCAGGAUAUUUCAGAGCAGCCGUAUACAGAGGGGACAAGGCCGUCAGGGCCACAAGCAGACGAGAUGAACGACCACCAGAACACGCUGUCCUACGUCCUCAUCAAUCCACCUCCUGACACCAUGCUGGAGCUCCAUGACAUUGUGUACAUUAUUCGCUCGGACCCACUGGCACACAUGCCGGAGGACUCACAGAUGGGACACAGUCGAAACACCAAAAACCAACAUGACUUUGGCACAGAGACAAAAAAUGAGACUCACCUUUAAAUAAUCUGUUCCACGAGUUACCAACAGAGCGGGAAUAAGUUGCACAGAUGAAGGUCUAACAUGGGCGGCGGUCAAAGUGAAUGUCCAUUAGGUGUCUCUCAGCCUCAGACCAGAGUUUUAACACAUUAAAAAAAAAUAAAAAUAAAAACAGCCCUGUGAGACCAACCACAGAGUUGAUAUAGGAGAAUGCAUGAAGAGUGCCUAGUCAACACAAUCACCGAUCUGUCAGAAACAUUCCCUUCACUAAACUCUCUGGCAAAAGAGAAUGUGAAAGCAGCUUCCUCCACAGAGUCUGAGAGCAGGGAUCAGCAGCGUUAUUAGAUCUAAUUGAAUGGUUAAGGUUGGUUCCUUUGCAGGUGUAUAAAAGUGAAUCACUGCAUCAAUCAAUGUUUUAGCUCAGAGGAGAAGCUACCCUUGUGCCAAUGUUUAGGCUGACUGCCUCUCCGCCUGGUUCUGCUUAUAUUUUGAAACUACCCCUUCACCUCAAACACAAAUCAAACACCAUGCUUUGUUUUUAAAGAGCUGAUUUUCUUCUGUUAUUAUGACCCUUCAAUUUAUUCUUGGACUAUAACAGGCAUUUUUUUCCUCACAAGCACAUUUUUAACUGUCAGUAUGCGAUUGCACAAGUGGGCAACUUUCUUAGCCAAGUUAGCAUUUGUUUCAUCUUUAUUUUUUCCCUUCGGUCAAAAAAAUGAAAUAUCAAGUGAUCCUCCUGUUAGGAUUCAUGUGUGCUCCACAUUCUGUGCCAUGUUGUUUACUCUUAUUUAUUUGUAAAUAUUGUUAUUAUCGUGUCAUGUAUUAAUUUGUGUGACUUUUUUUUUUUAUCAUUUUCAGACCUGUUUGCUACAUAUGCUGCUACCUUGCACAAAGUAAACUUGCAGAAGGAAGAUCAUGUAGAAAAUAGCUGUGUAUUUUCACAGAGGUUAAUAUAUGAUUCACGUUACCUGAUCUGUAUUAAAAUCAACUAAGUCUUGAUUAUAACACCAGCUGCAGUUUG